GGAGAACCACACAAACUCACUUCACCAUGGCGCUUGAUACCUUCCAGCUCCGCGAUGAAGCGGUUCGUGACAGAAUCCGGCUCGCGACCGAAUUCCUAGAUCCUACCGACGAUAACGUCAGAUCCUACAGAGCCGACAUUGUGUUGAUGCUCAAUCGUGGUCUACGGAGACUCGUGGUUAGCAUUGACGACAUUCGAACACACUCGCGAGAGCUCGCCGACGGCAUCCUGUACAAGCCCUUUGACUACUCCUUAGCCUUCGAUGCCGCUCUCAAAAAUAUCAUCGGCACGAUCCCUAAUCGCCCACCCUACGAGCAAGAUGAAGACAGAUUAUACUAUGUGGCCUAUUCCGGCUCAUUCGGAGAGAACACCUGCAAUCCCAGAACACUGGGAAGUUCUUUACUGAACAGGAUGGUAUGCCUUGAGGGCAUAGUCACAAAAUGCAGCUUGGUUCGCCCAAAGGUGGUCAAGAGUGUGCAUUGGAACGAGAACAAGCAGACCUUCCACUUCAGGGAAUACAGAGAUCAAACAAUGAGCGCAAACGGGCCCGCAAGUUUGAGCGUCUAUCCGCAGGAAGACGGAGAUGGGAAUCCUUUGGUCACUGAGUACGGCUAUUGCACAUACCGCGACCAUCAAACAAUCAGUAUACAAGAGAUGCCGGAGAGGGCGCCUGCUGGUCAACUCCCUCGAGGUGUCGAUGUCAUCAUGGACGACGACAUGGUCGACCGCGUCAAGCCCGGCGAUCGUAUCCAACUCGUCGGUAUUUUCAGAUCGCUCGGUAACAGAAACGCUGGGUCGGGCUCCUCUAUUUUUAGAACUUUGAUCCUGGCCAACAAUGUUGUGCUGUUGUCGUCGAAAUCAGGAGGUGGAAUUGCAGAAGCUCAAUACACUGAUCAAGACGUGAGGAACAUCAACAAAAUGGCCAAAAAGCACAACAUUUUCGAGCUACUCUCACAGUCCCUAGCACCCAGCAUCUAUGGACAUGACUACAUCAAAAAGGCCAUCCUCCUCAUGCUCCUAGGAGGCAUGGAGAAGAACUUACCCAACGGCACCCAUCUGAGAGGUGAUAUCAACGUUCUGAUGGUGGGUGAUCCCUCUACGGCCAAGUCACAACUUCUGCGAUUUGUCCUCAAUACGGCACCUUUGGCAAUUGCAACAACUGGCCGAGGAUCUUCUGGAGUCGGUCUUACCGCCGCGGUCACCUCAGACAAGGAGACUGGCGAGAGACGACUCGAAGCCGGUGCCAUGGUCCUGGGAGAUCGGGGCGUUGUUUGCAUUGACGAAUUCGACAAAAUGAGCGAUAUUGAUCGUGUGGCUAUCCACGAAGUCAUGGAACAGCAGACCGUUACCAUCGCAAAGGCUGGUAUCCACACCUCGCUAAAUGCCAGGUGCAGUGUCAUUGCCGCAGCGAAUCCCAUCUUCGGUCAGUACGACAGCAACAAAGACCCCCACAAGAAUAUUGCCUUGCCAGAUUCUCUAUUGUCACGUUUCGAUCUUCUUUUCAUUGUCACAGAUGACAUUGACGACAAGCGAGAUCGAAUGAUAUCGGAGCAUGUUCUUAGAAUGCAUCAAUACCGAGCCCCAGGCACUGAGGAAGGUGCACCGAUCCGUGAACAAGCGAAUCAAAUUCUCGGCAUCGGAGUACAAGAGGAACAAAAUGCCAAACAAUCGUCCGAUGUGUACGAAAAGUACAACGCUGUUCUUCACUCUGGGUUUCAUAUUGAGAGCAACAGGCGGAAUGCAAAGAAACAAGUCCACCCCGUCAGCAUGCCUUUCCUCAAGAAAUAUGUGCAGUACGCAAAGAGCAGAUGCAAGCCCAACUUGACGAAGCAAGCCAGCGACUAUAUUGUCAAUUCUUACGCAGAUUUGCGAAACGACCAAAUGAAAGCCAACCAACGAAGAACUAGUCCACUGACGGCUAGAACGCUAGAAACGCUUAUACGAUUGUCCACCGCUCAUGCAAAGGUCAGGUUGUCUAGCAGAGUCGAGAAGGAGGAUGCCAUCGUCGCAGAGGAGCUUUUGAAAUUUGCUCUCUUCCGCGAGAUUCCAGAGAAGGAAGAUGGACGGAGGAAGAGACGCAAGACGCGGGACGCAGACGCAGAUAGCUCUGAAGACGACAAUGGCUCGUCCAGUGAGGACGAUGACAGCGAUGGUAAUGACACAGCAUACCGUGGCAGUAGGUCCAGCGGCACACGUGGAUCAAAUCUUCAGACUCGCAGCCAACGCUCGACGCGUACCAAUGGCACAGCAAAUGGCAGAAGUUCUGGGGGAGCGAAUGGACACGUCGAUGCCGAUAACGAUGAGGAUGAUGACGAAGAGUCUGAUGCGCAGGCUAGCUCGCGACGCUCGAGACAGACCGGAGCAGAGUCACAAUUGUCUCGAAUGAGCAUUGCUAGCUCCAUGCCCAGCUCUCAGCUUCCAUCCACUCAGGGCGACUCACAAUCACAGUCACGCAGGAGGCAAGAUGAGAGUCAGGCCACAGCAGAACCAGAGACAAGUAUCUCAUCUGCUCGUCUCGAAGUUUUCCGACGCGUCCUGGGGCCAUUGAUGGUGACCUCCUUGUUCCAGAACGACAUGGCCACUGUGCCAGAUGUGGCCGCCGCGGUCAAUCACGCUAUGUUGGAGAGGAGUCAAGAUGAGUUUUCUGAUGCUGAGGUUGUUGCUGCUUUGAAAGAGAUGGGAGAUCAGAAUCUGAUCAUGUUCCUGGAGGACAAUGGCGAGGUCUACAAGCUGUAGAAUACUCUGUUCUGUUCAUGAACGCAACGUAUGGCGUAUGGCGUUAGAUACUAGUUUUCGACCUUCUGUAAGACCGUGUUUAGUGCUGACGAGCAAUGACGAAAUUCUUGAACGGAUUCUG